GCACAAACAUAUUUGUGAGUGAAAUUCUUCUGUUUGUUCACGAUAACCAUCAGCUUUCUUCAAGGAGUUACCUAGAAUGAUGAAAACUUCUAUUAUUCCUCCUAAGGCAUUGGCAUUUCCUUUUGGAAAAGUUGAAGGAUCUUUUCCUGCAAAUGGCAGAGGAGUGAAGAUGGAGCUUUCAGUUACACAGCCCGAUGACUGGCAUCUUCAUCUUCGUGAUGGUGACCUUCUUAGUGCUGUUGUCUCUCACAGUGCAAAUCAUUUUGGAAGGGCAAUUGUGAUGCCAAAUCUGAAACCUCCUGUCACCACUACAGCUGCUGCUAUGGCUUAUCGAGAAUCCAUAUUGAAAGCAUUGCCAGCAAAUAGUGAUUUCACUCCUUUAAUGACACUUUACUUAACAGAUAAGACCAGUCCUGAGGAGAUCAAACUAGCCAGGAGGAGUGGAGUGAUUUUUGCUGUAAAGUUGUAUCCAGCUGGUGCUACUACAAAUUCUCAAGAUGGCGUUACAGAUCUUUUUGGGAAGUGUCUACCUGUUCUUGAAGAGAUGGUUGAGCAGAAUUUGCCAUUGCUGGUCCAUGGGGAAGUUACAGAUCCAGAAGUUGACAUAUUUGAUCGUGAAAAGGUCUUUAUUGAUACUGUGUUGAAACCAUUAAUUGAGAAGCUUCCGCAGCUGAAGGUUGUAAUGGAGCAUAUUACCACCCGGGAUGCUGUGAAGUUUAUCGAAUCUUCUAGUGAAGGAACUGUUGCUGCAACUGUUACACCGCAGCAUCUCCUUCUCAAUAGGAACUCAUUGUUUCAAGGAGGAUUACAACCACAUAAUUACUGCCUUCCAGUAUUGAAAAGAGAGAUUCACAGACAGGCUAUUGUAUCAGCAGUGACUAGUGGAAGUAAGAAAUUUUUCCUUGGAACUGAUAGUGCUCCUCAUGAAAGACAGCGCAAAGAAUGCCCUUGUGGAUGUGCGGGUAUAUAUAAUGCUCCUGUUGCCCUAUCACUUUAUGCUAAAGUAUUUGAAGAGGCGGGUGCACUUGAUAAGCUAGAGGCUUUUACGAGUUUUAAUGGGCCAGACUUCUAUGGACUUCCUAGAAAUACAUCAAAAAUCAAGCUGAUGAAGAACCCAUGGAAGGUGCCAGAAUCAUAUACUUUUGCAUUUGGAGAUAUUAUUCCCAUGUUUGCAGGUCAAACUCUUGACUGGUUGCCAUCGACCAACAUUUGAUCCAUCUCUAAUCACCAAGAAUCACCAAUUGUUACUUUUUAACUCAUUCUGUUAUGUUGGAGACAUCCUCCUAAAAAGCAAUGUCAAUUUUGUGGAGGGUGUUCUCAGUUCUGUCGUGCAUUUAAAGCAAAAACAAUGCUGUAUGUUUAUCUGAUUAUGCUAAUAA